CGUGAAUGUGUAGUGUUUGUUAAAAUUAAUUUAAUCAUCGUUCAGGUACGUUGAAUUGAAAGAAGAUGAGCCUCGAUGGACCUGCUAAUGAACCGAUUAGACCUCAACGUCGAGAGAAAAGUGAAGGAUGGUGGGGAACACGUCACACAGUAACGUUUAUGUUGUUCUUAGGAAUGGCGAAUGCUUAUAUUAUGAGAACUAACAUGUCCGUUGCUAUAGUAGCCAUGGUAAAUCACACAGGCCUUUUAAUGUUAAACAGCAAUAGUACAGACAAUAAAACCGAUACACGGCAUUCCACAUCUUUGCCUGAUGGAAACUAUGUAUGGGAGUCGGAUGUCCAAGGUCAUAUUUUGGGUUCGUUCUUUUACGGUUACGUGCUUACUCAAAUUCCCGUUGGAAUCUUAUCAAAAAAAUAUGGAGCCAUAAAAUUUUUAGGUUAUGGAAUGCUAAUAAAUUCUAUAUUCGGUUUCCUGGUCCCUUUUGCUGCAGAUUGGGGUUACGUCUGGCUCAUUAUAGUUCGAUUUAUUCAAGGUUUAGGAGAGGGUCCUAGCGUUCCUUGCACUCAUGUGCUUCUAUCGAAAUGGAUUCCCGUUGAAGAAAGAAGUCGGAUGGGGUCGUUUGCUUACGCAGGAGCUCAAUUCGGAACUGUUAUAGCUAUGCCAAUAAGUGGCUGGUUGUCAGCUUCUCUUAUUGGAUGGCCUUCCAUUUUUUACAUUUUCGGGGCAAUUGGAACUUUAUGGUCAAUAGCAUUUCUCGCUAUUACUUAUGAAGACCCAGGGUGCCAUCCAGGAAUUCAUCCUGUAGAAAGAAAAUACAUUCAGAGAAGCAUUUGGGGAACAACUCACAAUUUAAAUAAGAAGACAAUCAGAAUUAGACGUGAAACAGAAUUAGAAGAUAUUACCAUUCCAUGGAUGUCAAUUUUCACUUCACUACCUUUUUGGGCAAUUCUCAUCGCUAAUUCCGGUCAUAACUACGGCUAUGAUAUGUUAAUGACGGAACUUCCAACAUAUAUGAAACAAAUUUUACAUUUCAAUAUUCAAGCGAAUGGCGUUUUGUCAGCGUUACCUUAUCUUGCCAUGUGGUUCCUCUCUGUCGGUAUGAGUUACAUUGCUGAUGGUUUAUUAAGAAGGGGCUGUUCACUGACUAUAGUUAGGAAAUCUUUCAACACAAUUGGAUUGUUUGGACCAGCCAUUGCCUUGUUUGCUGCUGGAUAUACUGGAUGUUACAGAUGGUUAACUGUGUCACUUCUCACUAUUGCUAUGGGUUUAAAUGGUGGAAUAUAUUCUGGAUUUAAAGUAAAUCACCUCGACAUAUCGCCUAGAUUUGCCGGAAUAUUGAUGGCAUUUACAAACUGUGCUGCCAACGUAGCUGGGCUGCUUGGACCAAUGAUCACAGGCUACAUUAUAAAAGGCGAGCCCACUGAAGAAAACUGGAGAAUUGUUUUCACCACUGCUUCCUUGGUAUAUGUGAUAAGUGCAAUUUUCUUUGCAAUAUUUGCUUCUGGAAUACGUCAAAAAUGGGACAGUGAAGAUAAAGUUGAAACGACUAAGACUGAGACUGUAGAACUUUCAAUAAAAGAAUAGUAUAGAUAUUAAAACAAAAGUUUUUCUACAUUCCUCUUAUAUUUAAAAACUGAUGAUUUUGCCAAGAAGCUUUUAUAUUUGUUACGUACAUUAUUUUUUUUUGUUAAUUAAUAAAAUUAUUCUAAUGAAA